UCGAUAGUCGGCUUUGGUCUGCAGUUGAAGUUUGUGAAUGUUCUGUGAGUUGUGUCGGUUCAAUUGGAAAUUAUAAUUGCAAAUCUUUUGUGUCUUCAACAAUGUAAUAGUUUUUUAAAUAGAAAGAAAUUGUACGAUUCUUUUCACAAAAAAUGAAAAGCAAUUAAAUUGUUUAUAAACAAAAUGAUUACUUUUAAUAACGCAGCAGAAUGAGUUUUGAAUAAUUUUUUAAUUCACAUGAUGUCGCGGAUACGAGACAAAGUUGUUUUGUGAAUAUUUCGAUUCUAUACAAUUCGCAAAUUGAACCUUUAAGAUGAAUCGAUCGAAUAGUGAUUAGUGAUUCUUUAAUAGUUACAGUGUCAGUUCAUCUUUUAAAAAAUAAAUAGAAUAAUAUAAAAGGAAUUUAAUGUUGUCUUUUCAAAAAAGUAAAAUAUGAAUCUUGUGCAUUUAAAUCCGUAAUCCUGGAAGUGAAGCUUUUUUGUAAGGGCACCAGUAAAAGAGAAUGCUGAAGCACGUAUCUGUUUCACCUUGGCGAGGACGAGCAGACAGUGUUAGCCUUGCGUCUAGCGGGGGUGCUAGCAGUUGCGGAAGCGGAAGUCCAACCCCUGGUAUUACUCCACCACCAUCAAGAGCAUCUUCGUGUGCAUCCCUCGUGCCCCUUACGGCGCUUUCAAGUUUUUCACCAGUCGACUCUGCACCACAGCAGACAACUAUAAAGGUUUAUGCAAAGUGUCUUCGUUCUGACAUUGAAUACAAGACGCUAAGUAUUACAUACGAAACGACAUGUCGAGAGGUGGUCCAAAGUCUAUUAAAUAAGUAUCGAAUGAGACAUCGAGAUCCACGAUUAUUUUGUCUGACGAUGGAAGUCACUGUCAGGAAAGCCAAUGUACAUACUGCCUUACCUCUCGAUGAGAAUGCUAGACCAGCUUUUUUGCAGUCCUGUCACCCGCGAGGAGAUUCAAGAUUUUCAUUACAAACACGAAGAGGUGGACUUGUGAAAAUAUAUGACAGCGCUUUAAUGUCUGGAUCGAAAUACAAAAGUCUUUUGAUCUCGGAGCAAACGACAGUAGAUGAGCUCAUUCAAAUGCUGCUCAACUGUUAUAAUUCAACGGAAAGAGUUGAACAAUUUUCAUUGUACGAAGUAAGCGAGGGCGAAGAAUACCAAAGAAAGUUACAUCCUGACGAUUCUCCACUUCGAGUUACUCAAAGGUGGACCUGUGCCGAUCGUCAUUUACGAAUUCGACGAAAUCCAGAUUAUGAUCCCCAUAGAAGAAAGAGCAUGUGGGCUUCGGAAUCCAUGAUGUCGAGAUUACACAUCCACGAUGUACAUUUGUGUAAUCAAAAAAGCAAUUAUAAAAACGACAAUAACCGCCAUCUGCUUCAUCACUAUAAUUACACCAAUAAUAACAACAAUUUCAAAUCUGGUCAAAAUCAUCUUACAUCGAGUUCAAUGCAUCAUCAUUUACAACAAUUACCAAAAAGUAUGCCAUCGACACCUUUGUCAUCAAAACAUGUGCCUUACGCAGAAUAUGAAAAUUAUCUCUUCAUUUAAAAUUUGUAGUUUUUAGAAAAAUACCUCUUUUAAAUGAUAUUAGGUAGUCUUUUGGAUUUUAGGUCCUAACUAAAUUUAACUUUGUUUUCAAGUAGACUUUUUCUGUACGGAGCAAAUACAUUUAGAAGUUCCAAAAGAAUAUCGUUCAUGCAAUAAUUUGAACAAUUAUUGGAAAAUCAAAAACUCUACCAGUUAUCCUAAAUAUUUUUAAACUUUCAUUUGUAUACAAAGAGUUUAAAAUUCAUUUACAUAACGAACAAUCCAUCAUAACUAAUAUUUUUUCGAUUUUGUGAUAAAUAUUGAAAUUGCUAGAAAAACGUUUUUAAAAAAAAGCAUGUAUAAACUUCUAGGUGGACAUUUUGCAGUGAUCGCGCUGCUAUUUUCGAAAAGUAUAAUAAGGCACACAAACUGAAACUAAUGCCAAAUAAUGGUUACACUUAGAUGUCUAGAUGGUAAUUAUUUAAAAUAUUUUGUUCUCUGUUCAAUAUUUAAAUAAAUUUUAAAUGUGCGAGUAACAUCAGUAAAAUUUUCUGAAGCAAAGGUUUUAUUCUCGAUCAACGCCACUUAAAUCAAAAAUCUUUAAUUAAUAAUACUUUAAGCGCAACGACAAAAUAAAAGACAAAUCUACCUAUAGAUAUGUAUUAUAUAAAAAUCAGAAAAAUGCCAGCAUAAAAUCUGCGUUUACCUGAAAUAUGUUAGAAAUAUAAAAAUUUUACCAAAGGUAGUAAAACUUGUAUGUUUGAAUGUGUGUAUGUGUGUGUGUGUGUGUAUUAAAUGUACAUGAAAUCAAUUAAAAAUUGAGAUAAUUUAAGAACUACUUAUUAUUUGGAUGAUAGUGUUUUUCAUUCAACAAAUUGCUUAUCGCAAAUUAUGUGACGGUAAAGUCGCUUUCUCAUUUAAAGUACAGUUGUAACAAAUGCAAAGCAUUAAAGUUUAACUUAAAUAUAUAAGUAUACAUAUAUAUGUGUGAAUAAACAAAAUAUUGGUUAGCGUAUCUUCUCAUGUUUAUUUUUGGUAUCACGCGUAAAGAUUUAAUUUCAAGUUCAUUCCAUAUUUUAUUCCGCCUGAAUUGAAAAAAGUCGUUUAGAGAUAAAGCAAAAUUAAUUAUAUAUUUUGACCUUAUAUUUUCAAGAUUAAAUUAUGUCAUUACAAACGUGUAGCUUGUGAAAAAACCUUUAAAAAUCACUAUAUGUUAUGUUUUACUUUUAUGCUUUCUAAAAUUAUAAAUUAAAUCAAAUAAAUUGGAAAAAUAACUUUUGAAAAAAAUCAAAAUUUUUAAAUUCUCCUACUAUGAUAAAAAAAUGUUGGUAAAAUUUAAUGAUUAGAAGUUUUCAAAAAGCUCGAAACUCCAUUGUUUUAGCGUUCUCAAACAAAUUCUGAAAUUCAAAGAUUUCAAAAAAAUUUAAUUUUCUAAAUUCUUUAAUGGAUUUAAGAAUCAGAAAAUUUUGAAAACUUAAGAUCGAAUUUCUUGUAAUAUCUUCGAAUUCUAGAACCGACUCGAAAACUCAAAAGUAUUCAAAUCUGUUCUUAAAAAUUUUCAAUCUUAAGCUUGACUCGAUUUUUCCAACUUUUUGUAUAAUACAUUUUGAAUGUUCUACUGUAAUGAAAGUUAUUUUUUAUUGAUUACUGCCAUAAUAUUCUAGUUGAUUUUGUCAAAUUUUAUGUCAAUAAAUAUGAUCAUAAUAAUAAGUGGUUAAUUAACAAAUCGAGUAAGAAUUCUUACCCAUAAGUUUAUCUAUGGCAGUUAUAUCAAUAAAGGAUGUCUUUCAGUAAAAGGUAUAUUUAAUAACUUAAUUAGUAUACUUUAGUCAAAUUUGUAUUAAUAGGCUCUUAUUAAUAUAAAAUAUAUAAGGUUUUUCUUAAACUACAUGAAUUGAUGAAAAAAGUAAUUUUUCGAAAUUUAUGAGCUGUUCGAUUAACAAAAAGAAAACUUUUCGGUCAUAUGAAAAAAUACUUUAAUUAUAUAUUUACUUGUAAACUAAAAAGUAAAAAUCUUCCACUAUAUAUGCACUUUAGUCAUAUAAGAUUAUACCGAUAAUAAUUUCUGUAAUUUUAAGGAUAAUUUUUUACACGCAAUAUAAAUUGUCAAUUAAUAUGCAUUUCAACUACCAAAGGAAUUACAAUUAAGAUUGAAAAACACGAUUUUUAUUUUAAUAAAAAAGUAUACAUACCUAUAUGUUAAAAAUACUCCCAAUCGUAAAUGAUUUUUUCUUUUUCUCUUCUGUCAAACAUAUGAGCGUCAUUUUUAAUUUUUCUUUUAUCUAAAAAAGUAAUAAUGAAUCUAUUUUUUAUACCUGGAGAAAUUAAAAUAUAAAAUAUUUUCGAUUUAAUAUGCUGCAAGAUGCUAUUAAAUAUAAAUGUACCUAUAAUAUUUAUUUGUUUUUAAUAUUCUGUACAAAUUUAUAAAAAGUUUUUAAAAAAUUCAUAAA